AUGGUUACAGCCCUGUGUACAGGAUCCCAGGAACGAAAACAGGAGUUGAAAGACAUUCUGGCAUCUCUCGUAUAUGCCGAUAGCGAACAUCAAUACAAGAGGUGCAAGCUUCUGCUGCUAAAUCGAUUGGAUGAUCGCAAGGAUCACCCGCUCUACAAGUAUUUCAUAAAAAAAUGGGAUGGAAUCACCGAUGAGUGGGUAUCUUAUCUCAGAACCGACGUUCCUCACUUAGGGAAUCACACAAACAACAGAAUCGAGGCUAAGUGGGCAAAGCUGAAAGAUCUCAUCCGUCCCAGCGCGAGUGUGGAUGUAUGUAUUGCUACGUUGAUCGGUUUGCAAGGUAUUUGA